AUGGCAGAAAACAUCUAUAGCAAGGGAACCAGAGUCUGGUUCGCCGACAAGGAGCAAGGAUGGAUCUCUGCGGAGGUCACCAAUGUUGUCAGAGGUGCUGAUGACAAGAUCAAACUGUCUUUUCAAGACCAACGUGGAAAGGACAUCAAUAUCGACACGACCGUUAAUGACAUUAAAGCAGGGUUGGACUCACUCCCGCCAUUACGAAAUCCACCUCUUCUGGAGACCGCGGAUGAUCUGGCUACGCUAUCUCAUCUUAAUGAGCCUUCGGUUUUGCAUACCAUCCGAAAUCGUUAUGCACAACACAGCAUAUAUACCUAUAGCGGUAUCGUGCUAAUUGCCGUCAAUCCCUUCCAGCGUGUUACAAUGUACGGCCCUGAGAUUAUUCAAGCCUACAGUGGGCGGAAAAGAGGGGAAUUAGAGCCGCAUCUGUUUGCCAUUGCAGAGGAUGCGUAUACAGCUAUGAGAAAAGAGGGUAUGGGCCAGACAAUAAUCGUAUCAGGCGAGAGUGGUGCUGGAAAGACCGAAUCGGCCAAGUUCAUCAUGCGAUAUCUUGCCUCUGUGAACCCUCCAGAUGCGGCUACGAAAGCGAGGACAAAGAUCUCGCUAGAUGAGUCCAGUGAGGUUGAACGUCAAAUUCUCGCUACAAACCCUGCACUUGAAGCCUUCGGUAACGCCAAGACGACGCGCAAUGACAACUCGUCUCGGUUUGGAAAGUACAUCCAGAUCCUCUUUGACGGCAAGCAGGAGAUUGUUGGUGCACGUAUACGCACAUAUCUCUUGGAGCGCUCUCGUAUCGUCUUUCAGCCUCUUACUGAGCGGAACUACCAUAUCUUCUACCAACUUUGCGCUGGUGCGCCACUCAAGGAACGCAAGGAUCUAGGACUAGACAAUGAUAUCACCAAAUUCCACUACCUCAAACAGGGCGGUCCCCAAUCAACGCCAAUACCUGGAGUAGACGACGCAGAGGAGUUCCGGCAGACACAGCAUGCACUUUCCACAAUUGGCAUCAGUGUCGAGAAGCAGUGGGCAGUUUUUCGGUUGCUUUCUGCACUACUCCAUCUUGGCAACGUCGGCAUCACGGCGAUGCGCAAUGAUUCCGCUAUAGAUGACAAUGACAGUGCAUUGUUGCUGGCUACACGGUUCUUGGGCGUCGACAAAGCAGAAUUUAAGAAAUGGACGAUAAAGAAACAGAUCACUACUCGGUCGGAGAAGAUCGUCACCUCUCUCAAUGCUGCACAGGCCACAGUUGUCAGGGAUAGUGUUGCGAAGUUCGUCUACGUCUGCCUGUUCGAGUGGCUUGUGGCAAUCGUGAACGAGAGUCUAGCUGGCGAGAACGGUGAGGCAGAGAGGCGGGCUGAAAUGUUCAUCGGCGUUCUGGAUAUCUACGGAUUUGAGCACUUCCAGAAGAACUCGUUUGAACAAUUCAGUAUCAAUUACGCCAACGAGAAAUUGCAGCAGGAGUUCAAUGCGCACGUCUUCAAACUCGAGCAAGAAGAGUAUGUGAAAGAGGAAAUCAACUGGACGUUCAUCGACUUUUCGGAUAACCAACCUUGCAUUGAUGUUAUCGAGGGCAAGCUUGGUGUGCUUGCUCUUCUUGACGAAGAGGCUCGUAUGCCGUCGGGCACGGAUGCAUCAUUCCUCCAGAAGCUUUACAGCCAACUCAAUAAACCGGAGAACAAAGAGGUCUUCAAGAAGCCUCGCUUUGGUAGCUCUGCUUUUACAAUCGCUCACUAUGCCUUAGAUGUCACCUAUGAAGUAGAGGGGUUCCUGGAGAAGAAUCGCGACACUGUUCCCGACGAACAGAUGAAUCUGCUUGCAGCGACCAAGAAUCCUUUUCUGCGGGAAGUUCUUGAUGCUGCUCUUGCGUCCACAAAACCUCCAGAAAGCCCCAAUCCCGCAUCACCUGCUGUUUCCGAUUCUGCAAGUGGAGGUUCUCGUCGACAAUCGCUGAUUCCGGAUCCUGGACGCUCGUCUCUGGUAAGCUCAGCGUCGUCAGGCGCCAAACGGCCAGGCGCUGCCGUCCGGAAGCCCACUCAAGCCUCAAUAUUCAAAGCAUCAUUGAGCAAUCUGAUGGAUACCCUUAGCGUUACAAACGUGCACUAUAUCAGAUGCAUCAAGCCCAAUGAGCAAAAGGAAGCCUGGAAGUUCACACCCCAACAGGUCUUGAGCCAGCUACGAGCUUGUGGUGUACUUGAGACCAUCCGAAUUAGUUGCGCGGGUUACCCUACGCGAUGGACCUACGAGGAAUUUGCAGAACGAUAUUACAUGCUCGUAUCGUCAACUAUAUGGGGUCCGAUGAUUCAGAAGCUUGAGCUCAAGUCAUUAUGCUCUCUUAUACUCGAGAAGACUAUCAACGACCCUGAUAAGUAUCAGAGUGGGCGCACGAAGAUCUUCUUCCGUGCUGGCAUGCUUGCAGCCCUUGAAUCGUUCCGAUCUGGCAGAUUGAAUGCUAUGGUCACCGUAGUUCAAAAGAACAUGCGUCGACAUAUGGCGGUCAAACACUAUCAGGAACUGCGACGGGCAACUAUCAAGAUUCAGACAUGGUGGCGAGGCAUCACAGCGAAGCGGUUUGUCCAGCAUGUUCGUCGUGAAACUGCUGCAAUUCGGCUACAGAAAGCUGCUCGGACAUUCAUUCAAAGAAAACGAUUCGUCGACAUCAGAUUGGCUGUUGUCCGAUUCCAGAGUCGCGUUCGCGGUGCGCAGGCUCGUCGUGCAUUCAAAGAAAGAAAGCACAAGCAUGCUACUAUACUUUUGCAAACUCUUUUGCGUGGAGUUCUUGUGCGCCGAACAUUCCGUGCAGAUGUCAAGCAUGUCGUCUACCUGCAAUCAUGUAUUCGGCGGCGGUUAGCUCGCAAGCGACUGAAGGGUCUGAAGGCCGAAGCACGCUCAGUCUCCAAGUUCAAAGAGAUCUCGUACCGGUUGGAGAACAAAGUCGUGGAGCUCACACAGAACCUCCAAAAACGGACCGAGGAGAAGAAGGAGCUGCAAUCCAAACUCAACGAAGUCGAGCAAAAGUUGCAAACUUGGAUGACACGGCACGAGGAUGCGGACUCUCGAGCGAAGCAGUUCCAGUCAGAACUCGUCACCGUACAAGCCGAGCUCUCUCAGCGCGAUGAACUCCUUCGUCAGAAGGAGGAAAUCGAGAGACGCCUGGAAUUGACGCUUGCCGUCGUGUCGGACAAGGAGGAAACAAUCAGGAAGCUCGAAGGCGAGAUUGCGCACAAGGUCGAAGAGCUCGAGACCCAGCAGAAGGAGUUCCAGAGCUUGCCUCCCGCUCGGUCGGCCGAGGACAGCUCGGUGAUCUUGACGUUGAAAAACGAGGUUAGCAACUUGCGAGAGCAGUUGAACCGUGCGUAUGCCCUCAAUGCCCUCACCAAGGGCUCGCGCGAGCCUCCCGUGUCGCCGACUUUCGCACCCACAUUACGCGCCACAGAUCAUCAAGAACCGAACGGGACCAACGGCACGAACGGUUCUCCACUCACCGCACACUCUCAGCGGCAUCAGCGGCGGCACAGCUCGGCAGGCAUAUAUGCCCUUUCGCCGCCGGACCACCGAACGUCGGCAGACGAGUUGAUGACGAUGGUGAAGCGCAGCCAGGCAGCAGUCCCCCGUGCGGUGUCCGUUGCGUACAACGGCGAGGACGGCUUGACGCGGUUCCGCGGGUCAAAUGGGCUGUCGGAGAUCUACGACGAUCCAGCGGAGGAGAAGAUCCGAUUGCUACAGGACAUCAAGCGGUUGGACGAAGACGUGCUGGAGGGCCUCAUCAAAGGCCUCAAGAUUCCUCUGCCGAGCCUCACAAACCCGUCAGCAGUGAAAGAGAUCCUGUUCCCUGCGAACCUCAUCAGUUUGGUCACAAAUGAGAUGUGGAAAUACGGUCUUAUACCCGAGAGCGAGCGAUUCCUGGCGAACGUGAUGCAGACUGUUCAGGCGCAUGUCAUGACCUUCCUCAGCGAGGACUCGAUCAUACCUGGCGUUUACUGGCUGUCAAACGUCCAUGAGAUGCUGUCGUUCAUCUGUGUCGCCGAGUCGGACAUGCUGCAGGGCAUCGGUCCGGGAGAGGAGAACGCGGUGCGGCCAUUCGACUGGUCAGAUUACGAGCGGCUAGUGUCGGUCGUGAAGCAUGACCUGGACAGCUUAGAGUACAACAUCUACCACACAUGGAUGACAGAGACGAAGAAGAAGCUCGCGAAGAUGGUCAUCCCGGCGCUGAUUGAGAGCCAGUCGUUGCCGGGCUUCAUCGCGAGCGAUGGCGGCGGGCGAUUGUUCAACCGCGUGUUCAACUCGAACAGCCAGCCGGCGUUCAGCAUGGACGAUAUCCUGAACCUGCUGAACAAGGUGUGGAAGAGCCUGAAGAGUUAUUACAUGGAGGAGAGCGUUGUGCAGCAGGUCGUGACGGAGCUGUUGAAGCUCAUCGGUGUGACGAGCUUUAACGAUCUGCUCAUGCGACGGAACUUUUCGUCGUGGAAACGCGCCAUGCAGAUCCAGUACAACAUCACGCGUAUUGAGGAAUGGUGCAAGUCUCACGACAUGCCCGAGGGCACGCUGCAACUCGAGCAUUUGAUGCAAGCGACCAAGCUUUUGCAACUCAAGAAGGCGACGGCGGCAGAUAUCGAGAUCAUCUACGACGUGUGCUGGAUGCUCAGCCCAAUGCAGAUUCAGCGCAUGUGCACGAACUAUUACGUUGCAGAUUACGAGAACCCCAUCUCGCCCGAGAUCCUCCGCAUCGUCGCGUCGCGCGUGGUCGCAAACGAUCGGAACGACCACCUCCUGCUGCCCGAGGCGGAGGAGGUCGGCCCGUACGAGCUCCCGCUGCCGCGUGAGGUGUCUGGGCUCGAGACAUACGUCCCCGCGUACCUCAACGUGUCCCACCUUCGUAGGCUCGCCGCGCUGGUCGCGUGAGUCCUCGGCGAGCGCAACAUUGUUGGUCGGGGUUCCCUUGUUGGCGUUGGACAGUUCCAUGUUUUGGGCCGUGAAUUUUAGAUAUGGUAGCGUUCUUUGUUCGUUCUUCAUUCAUUCAUUUGUGAGGUCAAAUAUCUGUCUGUCUCUGUCCAUUUCGCUUGUGAAUUGCUGAUGUUGUUGAUGUCGAUAUCGUCACCGCUGUCGACUAAUUGUGUAUGGAUUUUCUUGUUUUAUUUUUCGUCUCUAAUAUAUUUGGUCUCUGUCUCUG